GGAGACGCGCAGCGCGCCCCGUAGGAGCGCGCUCUCAGUGAUGGAUCAGAUCAGCGCAGCGCGCGUCGCUUAUAACCAGGAUUUAACACACAAGACUAUCCUUGUGGGAGACAGCGGAGUGGGAAAGACGUCUCUACUGGUUCAGUUCGAUCAAGGGAAGUUUAUCCCUGGGUCGUUUUCUGCAACGGUGGGAAUCGGAUUUACGAAUAAAGUCCUUACAGUGGAUGAGCUGAAGGUGAGAUUACAGAUCUGGGAUACAGCGGGACAGGAGAGGUUUCGGAGCGUCACACAUGCAUAUUACAGAGACGCUCAGGCUCUUCUCCUGCUCUAUGACAUCACCAGCAAAUCCUCAUUCGACAACACAAGGGCGUGGCUUACGGAGAUCCAUGAGUAUGCUCAGGAUGAUGUGGUCAUCAUGUUGCUUGGCAACAAGUCUGACAUGGCCAGCGGGAGAGUGAUCAGACGAGAGGAUGGAGAGAAACUCGCCAGAGAGUACGGAGUCAUUUUCCUAGAGACCAGUGCCAAAACCGGACUCAACGUUGACGAUGCAUUUAUGACGGUGGCAAAGGAGCUGGUGAGACGUUCAGUCCAGCUGCCCAUCGAGCCCAGAUUUCAGCUUCAUGACGUGAUGGAGCCGGAGAAAGAGCCGUCCGGCUGCUGCGGCUUCAGCUAGAAACUACAAAAAGAGAAACGAAUGAAACAAAGAAAAGAACAAGAUAAUGAAGAACAGUCAUUCCUGUCACAACCAGCAGAUGGUGCUGUCAUGCACGUCAUGUUUACCAGUGAUGUUUUGUUUGACACUGAACCUUCAGAGAUUGUGUCAGAAAAACAUCACUGUUACAGUGAAGCAUUGCAGUUUGAUUUUUUCGUGUAUACAUAAUACAGUAAAUAGGAUAUUUUACAAGAUGCAUUACUCCAAAUAAUGCCUCCUUUCCGAUUAUAUAAUCUGCCAAAAGUAGUAUUUCUUAAUGAGUAGCAUGCACACGGUAUUUAAGAGUAAAAACAUGCACUGUUAUAACAUAAUGAAUUAUUUAUGAUUUUAUAUGCUGCUUGCAGUUGAUUCCCAAACACACAGCUACUUUUAAAUGCUUUGAAAGAAGCUUUUUAGCAGCCGAACGGUGUUGUUUUGACAUCUACCAGCUACUGAAAUUAACCAGCUCAACCUUAACCACUUACCAUACACAACAAAUGUCAUAUAGUAAAUAGAUCAGUGUCACUUGAUGCGCAUAUUGUCGGUGAGUGUUUCUCUGUCAGCCUGAUCGUUUACAUCAAGUUCAUUCACGCUCCUGGAUUUUCUUAUGCUGCGUUUGAAUCUCAGGAUCUGGGAAUAUUAUGCACCAACUGAAGCUUAAAAAUAUCGCAAAGCCCUAUGAAGAAAUUAUGCAUUUAUCUGUUUAGCUGUACAAUGAUUAAUCAGAUUUACUAUUUGCAUUGAAUUGAUAUUAUUCACUGGUAUUACUAAGGAAAUGCGUAUGGAGAGAGUAUGUAUAUUUAUGCCUGUUUGUGAUGAUGUUUUCCUGCCUGUGUAUUUAUAUCAGAUUUUAUUAUCAAAAGCCUAUUUUGUAUUGCAUCUGUUUUGCUGAAAUCAGAAGACUUUGCACAGUUUUCGUGUCGGAUGUCCUCAGGUCUUUUCCUGUGUUUUGACUAUGUAAGAUGCUUUAUAAAAGUAUAAAAGUUGUGUAAAUCUCAAAGUGGCUGUUCCUCAUGGACGUGUGUUUGGUUAUAAAGACUGUUUUAUAUGUUUA